CUUUAGAAAACAUGUCUUUUGCGUUUGGGGCUCGUCUUCUGUGGAUCCUGCAGUGGGCAACGAACCACAGCAACUUUGAAUAUUUCUUAAGAAUCGACGAUGAUCAUUUCCUCUGCUUGGAGCGACUGCUUUACGAGCUGCCAUCGCGUCCUAAACAAGCUUUGUAUUGGGGCUUCGUGCAUUGUAAACCUAAAAUAGUCCGCGUUGACGAGGCAUGGUUGAUGAUAACCAGAGAUUUGGUGGUGGAAAUUUUAGGGAAGAUAAAUACGACGUUACCUUGCCAUCCUGUUGGAGACCAAGCCAUGGCGAUGUGGAUAAAUAAUAGUACAUACAACGUGACUUAUUUUAUGGAUAAUACAAGAAUAGUUCAUAAAACUGCUGGUCAUGAUACCAAGUAUUAUACGAAAACAGUUUGCGAAGAAUACAUUAGUCUUCAUGGAGUUUUCAGUGUUGAAAUGAGAAAAUUGUGGUUGGUUUGGUUUAAAUUAUAUCGAGCAAAGUUGAAAUCUAUGCCUCGUUAUAAGAUAAAUCCUAUUCAGAGAUUUGAGAAGUUGUGUCAUCAUUCUAAAAUGUUUUCAGUCAAUGGGUUUUAUCCAGAGUAUCGGUUCGAGCCACGGUUGUGUAGACUGAACCCGACUUGGUCAAUAAGCAAAAGCGUGUACGCAGGAAGAGAGCAGACUGGGGAGAGAUACUCGUCAUAUUAGCCUAUUCAUUAUAUAGAACAUGUUCUCAAAAAUAAUUGUCAAACAAUGGAAACAUCGAUUAUAUUUCGUUAUUGAUUGUGUUAAUUAAUUAAA